AUGCCUGCGCUCGAGAGCCCAGGUAACGACGACUCGAGACUGCUCCUCGUCUCGAACAGACUGCCUAUCACGAUCAAACGCUCCGAUGAUGGCAAAUAUGACUUUUCUAUGUCUUCUGGGGGCCUGGUCAGCGGGCUGAGCGGGCUGUCAAAGUCCACGACCUUCCGGUGGUAUGGCUGGCCUGGAUUGGAGGUGCCUGAAGACGAGAUCCCAGUGGUGGAGAAGCGUCUGAAUGACGAAUAUGGGGCGAUUCCUGUCUUUAUUGACGAUGAGCUCGCGGAUCGACAUUACAAUGGCUUCUCAAAUUCGAUUCUGUGGCCGCUAUUCCACUAUCAUCCCGGUGAAAUCACGUUCGACGAGUCUGCCUGGGAAGCAUACAAGGAGGCCAAUCGCCUUUUCGCGAAGGCUGUUGCAAAAGAUGUGCAGGAUGGAGACUUGGUGUGGGUUCACGACUACCACCUGAUGUUGCUGCCCGAGAUGCUGCGGGAGGAGAUUGGAACCAGCAAGCAGAAUGUCAAGAUUGGAUUCUUCCUCCACACUCCUUUCCCCAGCAGCGAGAUUUACCGGAUCCUUCCGGUGCGAAAUGAACUACUCCUGGGUGUUUUGCAUUGCGACCUGAUUGGCUUUCACACCUACGACUAUACGAGGCACUUUUUGAGCAGUUGCUCCCGGCUCCUUGGUUUGACAACGACUCCCAAUGGGAUUGAAUUUCAGGGCAAGAUCGUCGCCGCGGGAGCUUUCCCCAUCGGGAUCGAUCCGGACAAAUUCAAGGAAGGGCUUCAGAAGGAAAAGGUGCAAAAGCGAAUUGCGAUGCUGGAGCAGAAAUUUCAAGGCGUGAAGCUUAUGGUUGGUGUCGAUCGCCUUGAUUAUAUCAAAGGUGUUCCCCAGAAGCUACAUGCGCUGGAAGUUUUUCUCAGCGAUCAUCCUGAGUGGGUGGGCAAGGUAGUUCUUGUCCAAGUCGCGGUGCCGAGUCGACAGGAUGUGGAGGAGUAUCAAAACUUGCGCGCGGUCGUCAACGAACUCGUUGGAAGGAUCAAUGGCAAAUUUGGCACUGUGGAGUUUAUGCCCAUCCACUUCCUCCACAAGUCUGUGAACUUUGACGAGCUCAUUGCUUUGUAUGCUGUUUCCGACGCUUGCAUUGUCUCAUCCACAAGAGACGGUAUGAAUCUUGUCGCAUACGAAUACAUCGCAACUCAGCAAAAGCGCCAUGGCGUUCUAGUGCUUUCGGAGUUUGCAGGGGCCGCCCAAAGUCUCAAUGGCAGCAUCAUCGUCAAUCCGUGGAAUACGGAGGAGCUGGCUGCCGCAUAUCAAGAAGCUGUUACGAUGAGUGAUGAGCAAAAGGCUCUCAACUUUUCCAAGUUGGAUAAAUAUGUCUCAAAAUACACCAGUGCAUUUUGGGGCCAGUCAUUCGUCAGUGAGCUGAAGAGGAUCUCUGCGCAUUCGGAGAAGAAGGUUCAGCUCAGGAAAUCAUCUCUGCUUGUUCCUGGACAAAUUGCUCCACUGGCGAAUGGUGAGCAGGCGGACGAUAACGAAGCCGGCGAUAAUCAGGCCAGUGAUAACCAGGCCAAUGGUAACGAGGCCAGCGAUAACCAGGCCAGCAAUGAUCAGGCCGUGGAGUGA